CACGGAAACUGAGCCUAUCAGGACAUCCUCCAGUCCUGUUGUGUUUGGUCAUGAAACGGAGGUCAGGGGAGAGAGAGCCAGAUAAAUGAAUGAAAGCAGACGAGGUUUGCCCCCACUGGACAUGAUUUUUGUCUCAAAUGUGAGCGUGGAUGUUUGGCGUGGACACUGCGGCUGAGUGGAGCUGACGUCAAAGCCUGCUCUCUUCCAUCAUCACCACCGGUCCAGCUCUAUCUUGAAGACGCAUCCGCUCCCCUCAGGCAGUUUUUCCCGUUUUGGCUAGGAGGUAAACGGAGGGCAUCGCUCUGCGUGGUCGCAGCCUCGGGCCAGACGGACUGAAUCAAGCACUUUACUACCAUCAGGGAGUCCAGAGGAAAAAGCCUGCAGAUAACGCCCGCCAUCUUUUAAAGAAGUCAUGCCCAUCUGGUCUCCUCAUGGCAGGGUCACUAUGACGAUCACCUCCCUCCGCUCCCAACCGCUGUUGCUGCUGGCGGUGGCCAUGCUGCUCUGCCCGGUCGGCCAGGUGACGUGUCAGGAGAAAAGCGACACACAGUCACCUGCCCAGGUUCUGCAGGACCUCCUGGCCCGCUACGGAGACAACAGUACCAUCACGGUGCCUCAGCUGCGCUCGCUCCUGGCGCUGCUGAGUCAGAGCCAAAGUGAAAGCUCAAACGACGGCCGAGAUGAGGCAGAGAAUACAACAGUUACGCCACCCAAAACAAACAGCUCCAAGUGCUUGCCUGCAGACACGCUGGCCAUUUACAGCAUCAGUGAGCAGUCACGGCUGGACGGGCCGGGUCUCCAGGAGCUGUGCCCCACCAUGCUGCAGCAGCUGGACGCUGGCACCUGCAAGACGAAAAAGGGGGAGGAGCUAAACACUGACCCCGCCCCCAGGCCUUCAGAUGCAGAAGUGUGGGGUUUUUCUUUUUUGAGUGUGACCGUGAUCAAUGCCUGCUCUCUCACCGGAGUUGCCAUCGUACCUCUGAUGAAGACGAAUUGCAUGAAAUAUGCGCUGAACUUUUUCAUCGCUCUGGCCAUUGGCACGCUCUUCUCCACAGCCGUCUUCCAGCUCAUACCUGAGGCCUUCGGUUUCGACCCGUUGGUGGACUUCUACGUAUCCAAAUCGGCCGUGGUUUUCGGAGGCUUCUACCUCUUCUUCUUCACAGAAAAAGUUCUCAAGGUUCUCCUUAAGCAAAAGCAAGGGAACCACGGCCACAGUCACUACAGCGCCGAAGAUCGCUACUCGGCCCCGGACAGGGACGCCGAGGAGGGCGAGAAGCUGCAGCAGAACGGAGAGGCCGGCAGCCUGGCGCAGGGGAAAGUGGACGAGGUCGGGGAGGGAGAGCUCAUGCUCAGCCCCGGACAAGCGCCACAGGAGUCUGAGAGUCCGGAGAGCGCGGCGCGUUCGGGCAGCCGAGGCGGCGGCUGCUAUUGGCUGAAGGGAACAACCUACUCUGACAUCGGCACGCUGGCCUGGAUGAUCACACUGAGCGACGGCCUGCACAACUUCAUCGACGGCUUGGCUAUCGGCGCCUCCUUCACCGCCUCGGUCUUCCAGGGCAUCAGCACCUCCGUGGCCAUUCUUUGUGAGGAGUUCCCACACGAACUCGGAGACUUUGUGAUCCUCCUGAAUGCCGGCAUGAGCAUCCAGCAGGCGCUGUUCUUUAACUUCCUGUCGGCCUGCUGCUGCUACCUGGGCAUGGGCUUUGGGAUCCUGGCCGGCAACAGUUUCUCUCCGAACUGGAUCUUCGCUCUGGCUGGAGGAAUGUUCCUCUACAUCGCUCUGGCAGACAUGUUUCCAGAGAUGAACGAGGUGAGUCGUGAGGAAGAGGACGCAGGUGGCAGCAGGUUCAUCAUCACCUUCGGCAUCCAGAAUGCGGGACUCCUGACGGGCUUCGCCAUCAUGCUCCUCCUCACCACGUAUUCAGGACAGAUCCAGCUGGGCUAGCGCCGGACUCUGGUAGAAACGGGGCACAGUUCUGCUGCUGGGAUCCGAUUGUGCGGCGGGAACGCACAGUCCUGUAUUUAGAAGAACUGGCUGCUUUUGUGCAGCUCUGACAUGCAGUAAAGUUCAUGACCUUCUAACUUUUUUUCUCUCUUAUGACAGUUUUAAAACAUCAACCCAGUUCUCCUUUAACCACAUUUUCCUUUUGAAAGUCUCUUUGUUUUCCUCUUGCUCGUUUGUCCUUUAUUUUAUUUUAUUUUUUUAUCCUCAAAUAUUCUGUGGAUUUCCAAUUUUUACGAGUUCAUGACCUUAUCUGUGUUUACCUUCCUCAACUUAUUGAUUAGUGAUAAGUGAUACCCAAUCCUCGCUGAAGUUACCCAUCAAAUGUAUUCCAUUAAUGUUUAUGUUAUGAAUCACCAGGUCUUUAAAAAAACUACUAGAUAACUUGAAACUUCUCCAAAAAUUAAAUUAUUUUCUGCUAAAUACUUGAGCCUGAAAAAGAAGCAACAGAUAAAACUUUUUCUAAUCAAUUAAAUGUUAAAUCAAAGCAAUUAAAAAAAAACAGUCACCAAAUUAUCUCAAAUUUGAGCCUCUUGGUUGAACAAAACAAAACGUUUCUUUGUGGAGGAAAAAUCAAGUUUCAGAGAAAUGGCACUAAAGUUGCCAGCUGAAAAGUUGCCGUCCAGGAGGGUAGAAAAGAGCCUCUGUCUUUAGAAAUUAAUUGCGCACAUGACAGAAACACAGCUGAGUACCUGAGUUCAGAUGGUGUGAUUGAAACUAACUGAUACCAUCCCAACAAAUUAUCUACUUUUAUUCAAAAUGAACUCAUCGCUAUCGCUCCAUUUCCAGCUUUUAGAUCCCAAAAAUCUGAAAAUUCUCUCAGAAAAGUGUUUCGUUUUUUUUUUUUAACUAAGAGGACUUUCAUUUUUGAAGGCAAAAACUGCUGUGAAGUGUCACAUACUGACUAUAACUGAUUUUAAUUAUAGACAUGAGUGAAGUUGGUUCUCUGUCUUCUUCAAAUCUAACAAAAUUGGUGUCAAACGUUUGUGCCACAAAAAUUCCCGUUUGUGCCGCAAUCAUUUAAAAUAUGAUAAUAAAUGUUUGCAGAGGUCAUGGAAGGUCUUCAAAUCAAACUACAUUUGUGCUGCAAAUGUUGUUUGUGCUGCUGUGGCUUUGAGGAUAUCAGUGAAAGUUUAAAGGUCAACCAGCCCCCCCCACAUUACUCAAAUCUGACUAUAUUGGUGUUAACACAAAAUUUUCAUUUGUGCCGUUAUUAUUUUAAAGAUACUAAUAGAAAAGUUUCUAAGAUCACAUUUACAAAAUCAGACAAAUUUGGUGUCAACUUAGCUACAUUUGUGCUGCAAUUUUUUUGUUUGUGGUGCAAUUUUUGUUUAUAUAUUCAUGAAAGCUAAAAAGUCUAAAGGUCAACCAGCCUGCCCACACAUUAGCCAAGUCUGACAAAACUGGUGUCAAAUAUUUGUUCAGCCAUUUUUUUGUUUGUGCCGCUCUCAUUUUGAAGAUGUUAAUAAAAAACAUUUCCAGAGGUCACGUUUAGAUAAGCAAACAGAUUUGGUGUCAAUCAACUCGGCUAUGUUUGUGCAGCAAAAAUUUUAUUUGUGCUGCUUUUCAUUUGAAGAUAUUGAUGAUGACUUCUGGAAACUUUUUUAUUAAUAUCUUUAAAAUGAUAGCGGCACAAACACAAAUUUUUACUGCACAAACGUUUGACACCAAUUUUGUUAGCUAUGGGUAACGUGGGAGGGUUAGUUGACCUUUUAACUUUAAUUAAUAUCUUGAAACCAAAAGCAGUGCAAACAUUUGACAACAAUUUUGUUAGAUUUGAAGAAUGUAGGAGGGACAACUUCACUCAGGUCAUAGUAUGGGGCAUUGUAGCCCUUUUUAGUUCUCAUAAAAUACGUUUCAAACAGUAUGUGAUCAUUAUUAACUCCAGAGAUGUGCAAUAUUGGCAGCAUUAUUGAUUUUAAUGCUGCAUUUAUUUGUUCUAUGACAACAGACGCAUAUGGUUAUUAAAAACCUUUAAAGAACAAGUUAAAAUAAGUGUUAAGUGAAACGUUUGGCUAAUUGGUUUUUAUGCCGGUUAAUGUAACUAAGUUUAUUAUUAAAGAUGACUUUAGUUGCAAAUUGCACCAUGGGAAUAUGUUUUGUUUAGUGUUUUUGUAGAAAACGACUCCCAGUUUGGUGCAUCGCUGGCCCUUUAAAUAUUCCGAUAUCCUAGAAAUAGAUUUAAAAAUCCAGCAAAACCAAAAUGAUCUGAGAUUAAAUCCUUCGCAUCGUUCCUUAGAUCCAUUCUAUAUAUUUUUAUAUAUAAAUAUAUAUAGUAUUUGAAAGAACUGUAGAAUAUUAACUUAAAUCAAUUCCUGGACGGUGAAGGUGAGAUAGUUGAAUAGAUAGUGCAGAAUCAUUGCUGACUGAGGAAGUGUGGGAGUAUUUAAUAUUUUUUGUAAGCCAUAAAAUAUUUAUUUUAUGCUUUACACUUCAAGCCAUGGCAGCAGUGACGUUUCCUGGUUUUGUUUAGUUUGUCUUUGCGUUAUUGUUUGGAAUAAAACUGGAGACCUGAGUUGGUGAAUCAUGAAAACUUGCUGUAUUACAUGUUUGAGCUGUAUGUUAAAUCUAUACUGAAAACGAGUGUAAGAACGCUAAACCAGUUCAGGAAUCUGCAAUCAUUUAAAGAAAAUCUGUCCUGAAGUUUAACGAUUCCAACACUCCUUCAUAUAUGAAGAUAAUUUGCAUAGUAAUGUAGUAAUGCAAAAUAAUUUGUAUGCAAUGUAGUUUAUUGUUAGCCUUCUCUGUCAUGACAAACUUUUUAUAAAACAUUUUCUAUGAAAGUCA